AUGUCGAGAGAAGAUCCAUUGAAGGCUGAAAAGGAUUUUUCAGCUACCUUAGAUGAGCAAUUUCCAAUUAUUGAAAAAUUAACUGAUUAUAAGGCUGCUGUAGAUAAAUAUUUAGUUUUAGAAAAGCAGACGAGACAAUCAUCAGAUUUAUCAUCAUCCAAGAGAGUUUUAACCAAAAUUGUUGAAACAUUGACUGAUAAUAAUGAUUGGGAAUAUUUGAAUGAUUUGAUAACUUUGUUAUCCAAAAAACAUGGACAAUUGAAAUCCUCUAUUCAGACAUUGAUCCAAAGCGUUAUUGACAGAUUAGAUUCGUUAGAUGAAAACAACAAGAAGCAAUUGGAAAUGAAAAUGAAAAUUAUUGAAACUAUAAGAACUGUUACUGAUAAGAAGAUUUUUGUUGAGGUUGAAAGAGCAGUUGUUUCUAAAAUGUUAUCUGAGAUUUACUUGGAUAAACUCGAUGAUUUAGAUAAGGCUAUUGAAAUCUUAUGUGAUUUACAAGUUGAGACAUAUUCAUUAAUGGCAUUUGAUACAAAAAUUGAGUAUAUUUUAGAUCAAGUAAAACUAAACUUGCAGAAGAAGGAUUAUAAUCAAGCUAAGAUUUUGAGUCGUAAGAUUUUGCUUAAGACUUUGAAGAAUUUCGAAAAAGCUGAAUUAUACAAGACGACAUAUUUAAAAUACCUUAUUGAGAUAAGUGUUUUUGAAAAGGACUAUAUUUCAAUUGUGAAGAAUUUGUUGUUAUUGAUUGAAAUCCCUCUCGUUGAAGAAAACAAAUCAGAAUUCCAUGAGUAUUUGGUUUCAAUCAUCUAUUACAUUAUAUUAUCUCCAUUCGAUAACUAUCAACUGGACUUGAUCAACAAAAUUAAAACGAAUCCAAUUUUCAGCAAAAAUGUGGAUGCUAAAAUUUUUAAAUUAUUAGAAAUUUUCACUACCAACGAAUUAAUUCACUGGUCUAAUAUCGAAUCAUUAUACAGAAAUGACUAUUUCAACAAAUCAGCUAUUUUCCAAGGAAAUGAAGCCAAUUAUGAAAAUUUGCAAAAGAGAUGUGUUGAACAUAACUUAAGAGUCAUAAACAAAUAUUACCAGUACAUUAAAUUAGAUAGAUUAUCAUAUUUGUUGCAAUUAACUAACCAACAACUGGAAACAUACGUUUCUGAACUUGUUAACAAAGGAAUGAUUUUUGCUAAGAUCAAUAGACCACAAGGUAUAAUCAAAUUUGAAAAACAAAAUAAUAAUAGUGAAAAUAUUAAUGACUUGUUAAAUGACUGGUGCUACGAUGUGGAUAAAUUGUUAGAGGAGAUUGAUAGUAUUGGCCAUUUGAUUAAUAAAGAAGAAAUGAUGUACGGCAUCAAGCAACGUGCUUAA